AUGGCUGAUGGAGAGCUUGCUAAGGCCCUCAAAGACUUGCCGAACCGAGUGCUGAACGUGCCAGUCGAAGAACGGCCAGAAUUGAUUCGGAAUGUGAUCGCCGUUUUGCCAAACGCAGGUAUCAACGCUACUAUCGUGCGAGGAAUAUGCAAAGUGAUCGGCACGACACUCACCAAAUACAAAGAUGCCGAAUCGCAAUCGCUCGUGAAAGAAUUGCUGGUCGCGGUGUUAAAGCAGCAUCCCGAUCUCACGUAUGAACACUUCAAUGCCGUACUGAAAGCGUUGCUCACGAAGGACCUGGCUUCGUCACCCCCGAUAAAAGGUGCCCAAGCGGCAGUAUUGGCACUGGGAUGGGCCAAUCUGAUUGCUCUCCACGCGGACCACGAGACGGCCGUGGGGAAGAAGGAGUUCCCAAAGCUACUCGAGGUCCAGGCGGGCCUGUACCAGCUGUCGUUAACGUCGGGUGUGCAAAAGAUAUCCGAUAAAUCGUUCAGUUUCCUGCAAGAUUUCUACUCGAGCAAUGAUGAACUCGCCCCGCGGUAUUUCGACAGACUUCUGGCGUUUGAACCGUCGAGUGGCGUGAUCGUGAUGCUUUGCACAAUCCUUAGGUAUUUACGGCUGAAACAUGAUAAAGUAGAACUACUGGAACAGCACAAGACAAAGCUUUUGGAUCACCUAGUAAAGGGACUGAUAACGGUCAAGACGAAGCCACACGCGAGCGACAUCGUCGCUUGUUCCAUCCUGCUGAAGGCUAUAUCGAAUGAUGAGCUCCGCACGGUCGUCGUUCCGGCGCUGCAGCGAUCAAUGCUACGGUCGGCGGAAGUGAUUCUUCGUGCGGUUGGUGCAAUAGUUGACGAAAUCGAGCUCGAUAUAAGUGACUAUGCGUUGGACUUGGGCAAACCGCUGGUGCAAAAUCUAGCUUCGAAGGAAGAAACUGUCCGACUGGAAGCAGUUGAAUCGUUAAAGCAAGUCGCGCUAAAAUGCAGUGCCCCCAAUGCGGUGGAAGCUUUGCUCAAGGAAGUGUUCGCCGUUCUGAACGGUUCCGGAGGAAAGAUUACCGUUGCUGAGCUCAGGAUAAACCUUUUGCAGGGCGCCGGUAAUCUGAGCUACAACCAAAUCGCUCCUCAGAAGAUUCAAACCAUUCUGCCCGCCGCUUGUGAACACUUUUCGAAAGUGAUCGAGUCCGAAAUCCAGGAGAAGGUUGUCUGCCAUGCACUGGAAAUGUUCGGACUCUGGACCGUGAACCAUCGUGGAGAUAUUCCGUCAAAAAUUGUGCAACUUUUCAAGAAAGGUCUCGACGCGAAAGCGCAACCCAUCCGGACCAGCUACCUGCAAUGGUUCCUGUCCUGUCUGUACGAUGGCAAGCUGCCAAGCGGUAGCGAUUUUACCGCAACCCUGUCGAAGAUCGUCGAACGUGCCGCGCAAAACCCAACGCAGACACCGGUCGUCUCGGAGGGAGUAGGAGCGGCCUGCAUUUUGCUGCUGACGAAUGCGACCGUUUCCGAGAAUCUGAAAGACUUCUGGAACAUCGUGCUCGAUGCGAACAAGUCACCGUUCCUGAGCGAGCGAUUCCUCUCGACGACCAACGCCGAAACACGGUGCUACGUGAUGGUAAUCUGUGAGCAGCUGUUGAUAAACCACCGGAACGAACUUAAAGGUGGAGGCUCACUGGAGCCUCUGAUCCGGGCGGCUAUCGUGUGCGCAAUGUCCCCGCAGGCAAAGGUUCGCCGGUACUGUCUUCCACUGAUGGCCAAGAUCGUGAACAGUACGGAUGGUGUGCUGCUGGCGAAAGAUUUGCUCUCCGAGCUUACGCGCUAUGUAGAGAGCGUCAAGAUCCUGUGCGAGGGAGAACCGAAUGACGACAGCUUUGCACCAGGCCAAGCUCUCGUCGACGUCGUGUGGACCAUUUCUGGUGUGGAGCGAGUGGGUAAUCCAGACGGUCAAACACUGGCGCUUAGUGCACUCCUUUGCUCACAUCAUCCGGCAGCUGCUUCAAUCAAGCCAGACCUGUGGGAAUGUAUUCUGGAGAGGUACGGCUUGAAUGGGAAGCAAUUUAUCGCGCUCAACACGACCCAAAUCGAGGAAGUGUUCUUUAGCGGGUAUAAAGCAACGACCAUGUUUGAGAAUACCCUUGCGACACUGUCUCGCAUAAGUCCAGAGGUGAUACUGUCCGUGUUGGUAAAGAAUGUGACCGACCUGCUAAACAACUCGCGUAUGUCGAACGUGACUGAUGAGGAGUACUUUACUUAUUUGACACCAGACGGGGAACUGUAUGAUAAGAGUGUUAUUCCAAACAACGAUGAGCAGGUUCAGACUGCUCAUUUGAAACGAGAAAACAAAGCAUACAGUUAUAAAGAACAACUGGAAGAGUUGCAGCUUCGCCGCGAACUGGAAGAGAAGCAGCGCAAGGAAGGCAAAUGGAAACCGCCACAGUUGACACCGAAGCAAAAAGAGGUGAUCGACAAACAACGAGAAAAGGAGAAUGCGAUCAAAGAUCGACUGCGUUCGCUACAAGACACGAUCACGAAACUGAUAUCGCAGAUUGAAGGAGCCGCCAAGGGUACCCCGAAGCAGUUGCCAUUGUUCUUCCCCGCACUGCUACCCUCGAUCCUGCGCGUUUUUUCAUCGCCCCUGGCAGCGCCCGCUAUGGUGAAGCUGUACUUCCGCCUCAAAGACAUCUGCUUCGGUGAGCAGCGCGUAGAGCUCGGGCGGGACAUAGCGAUCGCGACGAUCCGCAUGAGUAAGCCGCAUUGUGAUCUAGAAGAGAGCUGGUGCACGACAAACAUGCUGGAACUGACCAGUGACAUUCUCGUGUCGCUGUACGACGAAACGAUCGAUAUGUACAACGUGCACCGGGAAGAGGAUGCCAGCAAGCACUACCUCUUGGAUGCGCCAGCUUUCAGCUAUACGUUCGAGUUUCUGAAACGUGCGCUCAUGCUUCCUGAGGCGAAAAAAGAUGAAAGCCUGCUGAUCAACGGCGUGCAAAUAAUCGCCUACCAUGCGCAGCUGAAGGGCGACACGGUCGAUGGCAAGGACCUUGGAGACGUGUACCAUCCGGCUUAUAUGCCCAGAUUGGAGAUGUUGCGCUUGCUGUUACGACUGAUCCAACAGCAUAGGGGCCGCGUGCAGACGCAAGCCGUUGCCGCCCUGCUAGAUGUAGCUGAGAGCUGUUCCGGACGGGAAUACACGGCCCGUGCCGGUCAGCAAGAAAUCGAAGCUCUGCUGGUUGCGUUGCAAGAGGACCUAGAUGCGGUGCGAGAUGUGUCGCUGCGCGCCCUUGCCAUCAUGAUCGACGUGUUGCCUUCCAUUGCGGACGAUUACGAGCUUGGAUUGCGCUUAACGCGUCGCUUGUGGGUUGCGAAGCACGAUCUCUCGCCGGAUGUAAAGCAGCUUGCAACGGGCAUCUGGUUGGACGGGGGCUACGACCUACCGAUCGUGAUGGCCGAUGAGCUGAUGAAGGACAUCAUCCAUCCCGAACUGUGCAUCCAGAAAGCUGCCGCUUCCGCACUGGUAUCCAUCCUUGUCGAGGACUCGUCCACGAUCGAGGGCGUUGUGGAGCAACUGCUCGAGAUCUACCGCGAAAAGGUGGUAAUGAUUCCGGCCAAGCUAGACCAGUUCGAUCGCGAGGUCGAACCGGCCAUCGAUCCUUGGGGCCCGAGACGCGGUGUUGCAAUCGCCCUCGGUGGUAUCUCGCCCUUCCUUACGCCCGAGCUCGUCAAGAGCGUGAUCCAGUUUAUGGUGCGGUUUGGCUUGCGCGAUCGCCAGGAGAUCGUCCACAAGGAAAUGUUGGCAGCGUCGCUUGCGAUCGUGGAGCACCACGGAAAAGACAGCGUCACGUACCUACUGCCUACGUUCGAGUACUUCCUCGACAAGGCCCCAAGCAAGGGCGCGUACGAUAACAUCCGCCAGGCAGUGGUUAUUCUGAUGGGUUCGCUAGCGCGCCAUCUUGAUCGUGAGGACGAGCGCAUCCAACCGAUCAUCGAUCGGCUGCUGGCGGCUUUGGAGACGCCAUCGCAGCAGGUACAGGAAGCGGUCGCCAAUUGUAUACCCCAUCUGAUUCCGGCCGCCAAAGACAAGGCGGAAAUCGUGAAGAAGUUGUUGCAACAGCUGGUCAAAUCGGAGAAGUACGGUGUGCGACGUGGUGCCGCAUACGGCAUCGCCGGAGUAGUCAAGGGGCUCGGAAUCCUGUCGCUCAAACAGCUAGAUAUUAUGGCCAAGCUGACGCAUUACAUUCAAGACAAAAAGAAUUACAAGUCCCGCGAGGGGGCGCUGUUUGCGUUUGAAAUGUUGUGCAGCACGCUGGGUCGCCUGUUUGAGCCGUAUAUCGUGCACGUACUACCCCAUUUGCUCCAGUGCUUUGGCGACUCCUCCGUGUACGUACGCCAGGCGGCCGACGAAUGUGCCAAGACGGUGAUGGCAAAGCUGUCGGCUCACGGGGUUAAACUCGUGCUGCCAUCGCUGUUGAACGCCCUCGAUGAGGACUCAUGGCGCACAAAAACGGCCUCAGUGGAGCUGCUUGGUUCGAUGGCGUUCUGCGCACCGAAACAGCUGUCCUCCUGCCUACCCAGCAUCGUACCGAAACUAAUGGAGGUGUUGGGCGAUUCACACAUCAAGGUGCAGGAAGCGGGAGCUAACGCACUCCGCGUGAUUGGUAGCGUUAUCAAGAACCCCGAAAUCCAAGCCAUCGUCCCAGUGCUGCUAACGGCACUCGAGGAUCCAUCGAGCAAGACAUCGGCCUGUCUGCAGUCACUGCUUGAGACGAAGUUCGUGCACUUUAUCGAUGCACCUUCGCUUGCGCUUAUCAUGCCCGUGGUUCAGCGUGCCUUCAUGGACCGGUCCACGGAGACGCGCAAGAUGGCGGCACAGAUCAUCGGCAACAUGUACUCUCUCACCGAUCAAAAGGACCUAACGCCAUACUUACCGAACAUCAUCCCGGGUCUGAAGACAUCAUUGCUCGAUCCGGUUCCGGAAGUGCGUGGCGUGUCAGCCCGUGCCCUUGGUGCCAUGGUGCGUGGAAUGGGCGAAUCAUCUUUCGAGGAUCUACUACCAUGGUUGAUGCAAACGCUCACGUCCGAAUCGAGUAGUGUCGAUCGGUCCGGCGCAGCCCAGGGCCUCUCGGAGGUCGUCGGCGGGCUGGGCGUGGAGAAGCUGCACAAGCUGAUGCCGGAGAUCAUUGCGACGGCGGAGCGAACGGACAUAGCACCACACGUGAAGGACGGCUAUAUUAUGAUGUUCAUCUACAUGCCAUCGGCGUUCCCGAACGACUUCACGCCCUACAUCGGUCAGAUCAUCAACCCCAUCCUGAAGGCGCUCGCCGACGAGAACGAGUACGUGCGUGACACGGCACUGAAGGCGGGUCAGAGAAUCGUAAAUUUGUAUGCCGAAUCAGCAAUCACGCUGUUGCUGCCGGAACUCGAAAAGGGUCUGUUCGACGACAACUGGCGCAUCCGGUACAGCUCGGUGCAGCUGCUGGGUGAUCUCUUGUACAAAAUCUCGGGCGUUUCGGGCAAGAUGACCACGCAGACGGCAUCGGAAGACGACAACUUCGGUACGGAACAGAGCCACAAAGCGAUCAUUCGCAGUCUCGGUGGUGAUCGGCGUAACCGCGUGCUCGCCGGUCUGUACAUGGGCCGUAGCGACGUGUCACUGAUGGUUCGACAAGCGGCCCUCCACGUGUGGAAGGUGGUUGUCACGAACACGCCCCGGACAUUGCGUGAAAUUUUGCCCACUCUCUUCUCGUUGUUGCUCGGUUGUCUAGCCAGCACGAGCUAUGACAAGCGCCAGGUUGCGGCUCGCACGCUUGGCGACUUGGUACGCAAGUUGGGUGAGCGUGUCCUUCCCGAGAUUAUCCCGAUUCUCGAGCGUGGUCUUAGCUCGGACCAAGCUGACCAGCGUCAAGGCGUGUGCAUUGGACUCUCAGAAAUCAUGGCUUCGACCUCGCGGGACAUGGUUCUUACGUUCGUCAACAGCCUCGUCCCGACGGUACGCAAAGCGUUGGCCGAUCCUCUGCCCGAGGUACGCCACGCCGCGGCCAAGACGUUCGAUUCACUGCACACGACGGUGGGCGCACGUGCGCUCGAGGACAUUCUACCCUCGAUGUUGGAGAGUCUUGCCGAUCCAGAUCCGGACGUAGCCGAAUGGACACUCGACGGUUUGCGCCAGGUGAUGGCUAUCAAAUCGCGCGUCGUGCUGCCGUAUCUGAUUCCGCAGCUUACGGCCACGCCUGUCAACACGAAGGCACUCUCCAUCCUGGCGUCGGUGGCUGGCGAGGCUCUCACAAAAUACCUCCCGAAGAUCCUGCCGGCUCUGCUGGCGGCACUGGCCGCUGCCCAAGGCACACCCGAGGAGGUCCAAGAGCUUGAGUACUGCCAGGCCGUUAUCCUUUCGGUGAGUGAUGAGGUCGGAAUCCGUACGAUCAUGGACACGGUUAUGGAAUCGACCAAAUCGGAAACACCGGAAACACGCCGUGCUGCUGCCACACUUCUGUGCGCAUUCUGCACGCACUCGCCUGGUGAUUACUCACAAUACGUACCGCAGCUACUGCGUGGACUGCUGCGUUUGCUGGCUGAUGGUGACCGAGAUGUGCUGCAACGCUCCUGGGAUGCACUGAACGCCGUCACAAAAACCCUCGACUCGGCACAACAGAUCGCACACGUCACGGACGUCCGACAGGCGGUCAAGUUCGCCAGCAGCGAUCUUCCGAAGGGUGGCGAACUGCCGGGCUUCUGUCUGCCAAAGGGCAUAACCCCACUACUGCCCGUGUUCCGUGAGGCCAUCCUGAACGGGUUGCCCGAGGAGAAGGAAAACGCUUCCCAAGGACUCGGUGAGGUGAUCAAGCUGACAUCUCCAACCUCGCUGCAACCGUCGGUGGUUCACAUCACCGGACCACUGAUUCGCAUCCUUGGCGAUCGUUUCAACGCCGGUGUGAAGGCGGCCGUACUAGAGACGCUUGCGAUCCUGCUGCACAAGGUGGGCAUCAUGCUGAAGCAGUUCUUGCCUCAACUGCAGACCACCUUCUUGAAGGCACUGCACGAUCCCAGUCGCACGGUGCGCAUUAAGGCAGGCCACGCUCUUGCUGAGUUGAUUGUCAUCCACACGCGGCCCGAUCCGCUGUUUGUGGAGAUGCACAACGGCAUCAAGAACACGGACGAAUCGGCUGUGCGUGAGACCAUGCUGCAGGCGUUGCGAGGUAUCGUGACUCCAGCCGGUGAUAAGAUGACGGAACCGCUGCGUAAACAGAUCUACACCACACUGGCCGGUAUGCUGGAUCAUUCGGAGGAUGUCAGCCGAACAGCGGCAGCCGGAUGUUUCGGGGCGUUGUGUCGUUGGCUAACACCGGAACAGCUCGACGACGCACUGACGAACCACAUGCUGAACGAGGACUACGGUGAUGACGCCACAUUACGGCAUGGUCGCACAACCGCGCUUUUCGUGGCACUUAAGGAGUUCCCGAGCGCCAUCGUGACCACCCGGUACGAGCCCAAGAUCUGCAAGGUGAUCAACGGGGCGCUCGUGUCGGAUAAGAUCCCGGUCGCGUUGAACGGCGUACGGGCAGGUUGUUACCUGCUCCAGUACGGCAUGACAGAUGCCGGAGCGAAGCUGUCCACCACCGUAAUUGCACCGUUCGUUAAGUCGAUGAAUCACAGCAGCAACGAGGUGAAACAGCUGCUCGCAAAAACUUGCACCUAUCUGGCGCGGGUUGUCCCACCCGAGAGGAUUGCACCCGAGUAUCUCAAGCUCGCCAUUCCCAUGCUGGUCAACGGAACGAAGGAAAAGAACGGUUACGUGCGGUCCAACUCCGAGGCGGCCCUUGUGCACGUGCUCCGGUUGCGUGACGGUGAGGACUUCCACCAACGCUGUGUCACGCUGCUUGAACCGGGUGCACGUGAUUCACUUAACGAGGUUGUCAGUAAGGUCCUGCGUAAGGUGGCCCUCCAAGCGGUCGGUAAGGAGGAGGAGCUGGACGACACGAUCCUCACGUGAUGGGCGAUUGGUGACGAAGAACAAGGAGAAGAAGAACAAGGAGCAGGAUCUUGGCGAAUGCAACGACCACCGGGGAACGGGGGGAACGGGAACGCUUUGGAGGUUUUUUGCGAUGCGUGGUGUCCCCGUUCCUCCCGCACCAUCAUCCACAUCCAGUGGCAUCAUCAUAUUAUUCGGUUUGUAUUAUCGCUACUACUACAACUACCACUACCACUAGUACUGUCGUACAAUAUCAGAA